AAAAACGAAAACACUUUUCGUCCCGACGAUAAAAUCUAAUCGAAACCAGAGAGACUGAUUUAUUGACAUAAUUAUCUUUAUUGUUAAAAGAAAUUUAUAAAUGGAAGCAGAGAAUUUGGGGGAAGGGAAUGGUUCAAAUGGAGAGGAUCCAGACGCCCGAUAGAGUAGCUGGCGUCACGGAGGCCUAACACCGUUGAUUUUGACCCUUGACGUCAGAAGGACAAAGGAGAGAAUAUUUCUGUACACGUGGAUGGAUAUGAUAGCAUGUUAUGGACAUUUGACUCCCGGGUUAUCCUCCUCCAGAAUUGGGCUCUGGCACGGCAAGUUCGGAGGCGAUCAGUUGUCAGCGAUCUGAGGGAGGGGAAGACAUGGCGAUGAAUCAGCUGUGCUUGGCGACGAUUCUUCUACUUUUGGGGGCCAUCUCCACGUUUCACCCGGAGGUUGUUGCUCUGAAAUCAGUCUCUCAGCUCAAGUUUAACACUAAGAUUCUUCAGGAGUCGAUGGUUGAGCUGAUAAAUGCAAAUCCCAAGGCUGGGUGGAAAGCUGCCAUGAAUCCUCGUUUCUCCAAUUACUCUGUUGGCCAAUUUAUGCACCUUCUUGGAGUCAAACCAACACUUCAGAAGGAUUUGGAGGGUGUUCCUGUCAUAACUCAUCCAAAAACUUUAAAGCUUCCAAAACAUUUUGAUGCAAGAACAGCUUGGCCUCAAUGUAGCACCAUCGGGAAAAUUCUUGAUCAGGGUCAUUGUGGCUCUUGUUGGGCUUUUGGUGCUGUUGAAUCGCUGUCAGAUCGUUUUUGUAUCCAUUUUGGCAUGAAUAUUUCUCUCUCUGUAAAUGAUCUCUUAGCAUGCUGUGGCUUUUUGUGUGGAAGUGGUUGUGAUGGGGGUUAUCCUCUUUAUGCAUGGCGAUAUUUUAUUCACCAUGGUGUUGUCACUGAGGAGUGUGACCCAUACUUUGAUGCUACUGGCUGUUCUCACCCUGGUUGUGAACCUGGAUAUCCCACCCCAAAGUGUGUGAGGAAGUGCACUGAUGAAAACCAACUGUGGAGAAAGGCAAAGCGUUAUGGUCAAAGUGCAUAUAGAAUCAGUUCUGAUCCCUACCAAAUUAUGGCAGAAGUGUACAAGAAUGGACCUGUUGAGGUUGCCUUCACUGUUUAUGAGGAUUUUGCUCAUUAUGAGUCAGGAGUUUACAGAUACACCACAGGCGAUGUCAUGGGAGGUCAUGCCGUUAAGCUGAUAGGUUGGGGAACCACCGAUGAUGGGGAGGAUUAUUGGAUUCUUGCAAACCAGUGGAACAGAAACUGGGGCGAUGAUGGUUACUUCAUGAUCCGAAGAGGAGUAAAUGAGUGUGGCAUCGAAGAGGGCGUGGUUGCUGGUUUGCCUUCUUCCAAAAACUUGAUGAUUGGAGACUUUGAAAGUGUGGAUGCUGAUCGCCAUGUCUCAAUUUGAGGAGUUAUUAUUCUAAAUGCUGAUAGUGUUACAAGCUGAAACUUUAAUAUCUUAAUCGGGCUGUGCUGUUUGUAUAUGAAAAGAUGGAAAGAAUCCCUCAUAAAUUCAUGAAUUAUUAUAAAUAUGGAAUGAAUUUGAAACUUAUGUGUUUUAUAUGGAAAAAAAGGGGAAAAAAGGGAGAAAAUCUAUAGCAAUAUUUAUUCUUGGCUGGCCUGGCCUGGCCUGGCUGGCGGGGUGCGCCUUUGAUGAAAAUUUUGGAUAGUAGGAAUCUUGAUUACUGUUCAGGCAUCUCCCCAUGGAGUAUCGGCCGAUGAUAAAUAAAAGGUUGUUGGAGAGGAAGAGGAACAUCAUAAGUAUGGGACUGUACAAUAAUUCUGUAAAUAUAAAAAUACCUUUAAUGAUGAAAAUGAGAAUGUUUUCUUUA